UCUUUAACUUCAAUUAAUUCUCUACCAAAAACAGUAUCGAAGUUCUGCAAUUCAACCAUGGCUUCUUCUUCUUCUUCUUCAUCGAUUUCAUCGUCCUUCAAAUUAGUCACAGCAAGAAUCCCAACCUCUAUAUUCUACUCCACGAAAACACCAUCAUCACCAACAACUAGAAGAACUCUCUUAAUUUCUCCAAAGCCUCUAAAUUUCUCAUUUUUCAGACCUAUUUCAUUCGAACGAAUCCCAUCACUAUCUCCAGCUUCAGCUUCUUCAAGUUCUAUGUCACUUCAACCCAUUGAAGAACUCCCUCCAAAGCUUCAAGAAAUCGUGAGACUUUUCCAGUCCGUACAGGAACCGAAGGCCAAGUACGAGCAAUUGUUGUUUUACGGUAAAAACCUUAAACCCUUAGAUACCCAUUUCAAAACUAAGCAAAAUAAGGUCGAGGGUUGUGUUUCCCAAGUUUGGGUUAGGGCUUAUCUUGAUUCUGAUAAGAAUGUGGUUUAUGAGGCUGAUUCUGAUUCUGUACUUACUAAAGGACUCGCUGCUUUGCUUGUUAAUGGUUUAUCUGGUCGACCUGUUGAUGAGGUUGUUAGGGUUUCUCCUGAUUUUGUUGUGCUUCUUGGGCUUCAACAGAGUUUGACUCCUUCUAGGAAUAAUGGGUUUUUAAAUAUGUUGAAGUUGAUGCAAAAGAAAGCGCUUGAGUUGUUUGUGGAAGCUGAAAAGGGGGUUGGGAGCUCGAAUUCGGAAUCGAAAAUCGAUGGCAAUGGUGAAAGUUUGAGUCUUGGAUUGAAAUCUGAACUGGGUGUUGAAAAUAAACAGGAGAAAGUUGUUGAAUCAAAACCAGAACCAGCUUUGAGUGUGAGUGAUUCGGAUUCGAAUUCGGGUACUUUAGGGAGCAGGGGAAUGAGAAUUAAGGAGAGAUUGAAGAAAGAGCUUAGUCCUGUUGAUUUGGAGGUUGAAGAUGUGUCUUAUCAGCAUGCUGGGCAUGCUGGUGUGAGAGGAAGUGAUGGAGAGACUCAUUUCAAUGUGAGAAUUGUUUCUAAUGAGUUUGAGGGGAAGAGUAUGGUUAAGAGACAUAGACUCAUUUACAAUUUGUUGCAAGAAGAGUUGCAGAGUGGAUUACAUGCUUUGUCAAUUGUAGCAAAGACACCAUCUGAAGUUUAGUGGAGAAUGAGCUCAGACAAAAGAGGUUCAUUUUUUUAAAAAGGAAAUAUAUAUAUAUAUUUCUUAAUAGUUAAAUAAAAUUAUUGAGUUUAUUGCUUUGUACCACAAUUAAAUGUGUUGUAUGCAUAGUUUUUUAGAUUAUGAAAAGAUUGUGUCUAUGUUUGGGCAUCA